AUGGAUUUGGUUCUGGAAGUCACAGACCGUUAUGUGUUUGAUCAAAUAUACACUAAAUUGUUUCCUGUUUCACUGGCUGAAAACAUCCCAUCUAAAUGGCUGUCUCUGCUGGACUUGAACGACGGUUUCAUCUCCAAAAACUCCACUCUGCUGCUACAGACUCUGGACUACAAAAAUAACCUGCCACGUAUCAAUAAAGAAAUUUAUGGCCACACUCCAUUCUUGCGUGACUUCACCAAUUCCACUUUCCAAUCGCUGUUCCCAAGAUACAACAUUCUAAGAGAAUUCGUCUCCUUAUGCCUGAUCACCACCGUCUUCGGCUGGCUGCUGUACUUAUCGAUGGCCUGGAUGUCCUACAUCUUUGUCUUCGAUAAGACGAUCUUCAACCAUCCAAGAUACUUGAAAAACCAAAUGUACCAAGAAAUCCAUCUAGCGUUGACUGCUAUCCCCGUCAUGUCCGCCCUGACCGCCCCAUGGUUCGUCCUGGAAUGUAACGGACAUUCAAGACUGUAUUUCAACAACCCAAACAAAAACUGGCAUAACUACCUGAUCGAAGUCUGCGCUUUCAUCUUCUUCACCGACUGUGGUGUCUACUUCGCUCACAGAUGGUUGCACUGGCCUCUGGUUUACAAGUACCUACACAAGCCUCAUCACAAGUGGAUCGUUUGUACCCCAUUCGCUUCCCACGCGUUCAACCCAUUCGACGGGUACGGGCAAUCCAUCUCCUACCACGUCUACCCAAUGAUCUUCCCUCUACAGAAACUGAUUUAUCUAGGUUUAUUCGUCUUUGUCAACUUUUGGACCAUCAUGAUUCAUGACGGUAAUCACAUGUACAACAAUAAGGUCGUGAACGGGACUGCGUGCCAUACCGUUCACCAUCUGUACUUCAGUUACAACUUCGGUCAAUUCACCACAUUGUGGGACAGACUGGGUGGUUCCUACAGAAGACCAGAGGACUCGUUGUUCGAUCCUUCUCUAAAGAACGAUUCUAAAGUAUUGGAAGAACAAUUGAAGGACGUCGACAAAGAAAUGAAGGAAUUGGAGGGGGACUUGGAUGAAAGAGUCUACGAUGACCAUAUCAAGAAGAAUAAUUGA